CUGAGCCAUGAAAGCAAGCCUUCCUGGUUUCACUCUCAUGUGUGCUGGCUGUGUAAGGACCAAAGAGAAAACAUAAUGGCCAUGGAUCACAGACUUUCUCUACCCCUGGCAAGUUUUCUUUUGGCCAUUUCCUUGGCUACAACUACAACUCUGACAAGCUCUUCUGAGAGAGGAAAUAAUGCCACCACCACAAAUAUCAGUUUGGUUACUGCAAUCACAGAGACAAUGGCUCCAAACCAGACCUACCCCACUGCCAUGUCAACUUCCUCAAACGUCACUGUCGACGGUGCUCUCUCUACUACAAGUUACCAUAACUCAAGUCAGAACAGCACUGGAACAACAACUCACAACGCUGUACAGGACAUCUCAACAACCACAACAGCACUGCCUGAGAGCUCAAACACAACCACAACCACAGAGUCAACACCGUCAGCUUUGGCCCCUACAGAUAAGGCUACAUCUGCAGCCACUACAGACCCAGGCAUAGUCCCCUCCACUGCACCAACCACCCAAGCAGCCAAGACCACUGAAAACCAAAACAGUACAUCAAAUACACCACCACAACAAUCCACUACGAAUCUUCCUCAAACCACCAAUACCACGACGUUGAUGGCAACAGCAACACAUAAUGUGACACAAGGUUUUGGACUAGACAAUUCAGAAAAAGGCAUGACCAUUCUUUUCAGUGUUGUGCUUGGGGUGUUUGUUUUGGGGAUAUUUAUGUACAUGUUGAAUAGAUGGAACCAGAUGAGGCAAUACUCACAUCGACCUCUCUAUAACAACUCUGAGGCUGAAGUGGAUGGAUCCCUAGCAGCAGACGACACACUUGUCAUUUCAGGAGGACUCUACGAUGGUUCACAAAUCUAUAAUCCAACUAUGACAACUACUGAUAUGACGGAGGAUGAGUUCAAUUUUGAUAAUCAUCUACGUGUGGCUCAGCCAUCACAGUUCCGCCUGGAGAUCUUAAAUGAUGAACAAUAGAGCUCCCCAGGCUUUGAGGCCUCUACCUUUCAUACUUUUCAGCCUAUUGAUUAUGAUUUUUAAUGUCAAAUCGAGCUUUUUUUUUUUACUCCACUUUGUAAAUUAUGUCAAACCAAUAGGCAUUUCUUAACAUCACUUUAUCAAUUGCAUUUGUUAUUUUCUAUACUUUCCCCCCCUACCCUACCAUCCCUACCCUAAUUGGAGUAAACUAACGGACAACAAUACUUCUACCGCUACUUACAGCUAUUUCGCUCACAUCUAUGAUACCUGUAGUUAAAUAAUUAUACAUAUAUUCCUAAUUUCCUCUUUCUUCAUGUGCUGGAUUGUCACCCACAGCGGCCAAUCCAUCAUUCAUUCUGAUCUUAACUCCAACCCUCCGAUGUCUACAGAUUAACCCAUCUUUCCCAGUAUAAUGCUAUUUUGCUAUUUCAUUUUACAAUACAUCCCUUCAUUUUACUAUGAUGUCUUAGGAGGGUCCUGAACUUCCCUAAUUGUAACAUUUCUACCGAUAUUGCCCUAAAAAUGUAUACUUUACCUAAGAGUAUAAUGAUAUUUCCCAUUGACUGAUUGUGGUUUUUCAGAUACCCUAACAAUACAGGUUGCAGGUCCAGCAGAACACAGACAUUAAGACUUAACAACCAUUCCUGGACCUGACUCCAAAAUCGAGCCACCAAUGGACAGAACCAGAAAAUAUGAUCUAUUGAUUCUGUUUCCUUGUGGCAGUCUGCACAAGGCUGACUGUUGAAUGCCCAAUAUAUUGAGCAUUCUUUUUUUAGGAAGUAUUUUAUAUAAUAGCUUAAAUUGAAAAUAAUGGAUUGAAGUGUCACUUGUUGUUUUAUAUGUCAGUUCAUAGACCCAAUGCCAAGGUAUUGAGACAUCAAAAACCUGUUCCCAACUGACUUGAAUUUAAAUGGUAUUGCUGUCAAACCUUUUGACUUGAAGUAAAACUGAUACAUUUUUGAUUUAUACAAAUCAUUUUAAGCCAUUUAUGAUUUUUAAUGGGUGGCAGACAGAUUCAUUCUUUAAUUUCUUUAAGUAAUUGUCUCCUCCAAUUUUGUGGCAGAGCCGCAACGAGUUGGUUAUAAUUUUGUAUUGAGUAUACACCUCCAUACACCUCCAUACACCUCCAUACACCUCCAUACACCUCCAUACACCUCCAUACACCUCCAUACACCUCCAUACACCUCCAUACACCUCCAUACACCUCCAUACACCUCCAUACACUAUUGUUAGUUGCUUGUGUGACAUAAGGUUACCAUUCUUGUUUACAAUGUCCUUCAUAAAUAUUAUACCCUUGUACAUUUC